AUUAACAGCCAGCCCACAACACAGGCAUGGUCACAGUGAACACCUGUCCUAUACUACAUACGAGACGAAUAGUUAUACGUAUGCAUUCAUUGUUCACUGCUCCCUGCUGUGUGAACGAUAGCAAAACAGGAUAAAGUUAAUCUACAGGAUGCAUAAAAGCAUUUAGCACAUAAACUUCAUGGCAGGUUAGGAGUCAUUUCACCUUCAAGUCAGGUUUAACAAGCAGAUUCUGUGUGUAACUUGUUUCCUUCAUUUACGGAUGUGGCCAGAAUGCAAUGAUGGCAGUCUGUCUCCUGCAUGUGACGGCACGCUGUUAUCUUUAUAAAUAGGAGAGCCGGAGAAGUUCUGUCUGGCAAAAUACACCACAACAUCUAAUGGGAAAUCUUCGAGUAGUUAGGUAUCGCCCGCAAUCUCUACCGACAUUCAGCACCAGCGUACUUCACCCUGCCAUGUUGUGAUGCAUGCAGAGGGAACAGGUAUAGACUACCAGAUAUCAAGAUGUGGAUGUGUGUAUUUACUCUGUGUACAGCGAUUAUAACAGCAGAAGGUGAUGACGUGACGUUUGACCUCAUCCUUCGUAAUUUCUGGAACACGAGGAUGCGAUAUUCUCCUGAAUUUUCUACCUACCAAGGCGAAUAUAAGUACAACGAUGUCACGCAAUCAAUGAACCUUUCUGUGAUUGAAAAGAAACGGGAUGAAGUUGACCUAUUCAUGUCAAUGAUAGCGCUGGUUGACAAAGAUGCACUCAGCAAAGCCAAGCAAUUGGAAUAUGUUAUUUUCAAAGACACUUUAACAACCUACCUCGAGGGUUAUAAAUGGGCAACAUACUCGUUGAGCCCUCUUAAUUUUCUAGAGGGUAUUCAUUUAUUUUCACCAGUAGAGAAAGCAGAAAGCAACACUAGGGGCGAUUUUGAAAAUUACAUAGUCAGAAUGUUCAACAUGCCAAAGCUGGUCGAUGAAGUGAUAUCCAGGAUGAAUGAAGCUAUACGACUCAAUUUGACAUACCACAAAGUGUCGGUCGCUACAGUACCAGCUCAAAUUGGCGAAAUGCUUGUUGACGUCACAGAAUCAAAUUUCUACAUUCCGUUCAAUGAAUCACUAAAGAAAUCCGUCAUCCCUGAAAAAGACAGGCAGUCACUCAGGGAACGUGGCAGAGAGGGCAUCGCUGUUGUGCUGGCUUCAUAUAGACGACUUAAAGAAUAUAUGGAAAAUACAUAUCUACAACAUACAAGGCCACAGCCAGCUGUAAAGUCUCUCAGGAAUGGCGCUAGCUAUUAUAGGGCGUGCCUCAAGUGGCACAGUUCCUUAGACGUGUCCCCCGAGUAUGUUCACGAACUCGGACUUCAGGAGGUCCGCCGUAUAUAUGGCAAUAUGCAAAAGAUUCUUAAUCGGCUAUCUUUCAAGGGUUCUCUAAAAGCCUUUUUGGAUAGUAUUGGGAACGAUUCAAGGUUCAUCAUAGAUGACGCUGAAGAGAUUGUAGAAGUGUACAAGGAACUAGUAAACAACAGAAUAAAACCUUUACUGCCAAAAUACUUUAACAACAUACCCAACGUAGAGAUGACAGUAGAAAAGUCCCCAUUUGACGGUACCGGUGGUUCGUAUGCAUUAGCAUCAGAUGUUAAUCCUGGUAGAUUCCUAAUUAACCUGUUCAGGCCUCGGGAAAAUCCAACAUUCGACUACAUGUCACUGAGUCUACACGAGUCCUAUCCAGGUCACCACAUGCAGCAUAGCUACUCCAUGACCGCAGAUCUUCCUAAAUACAGAAGGUUCCCAGAAUACAGCUUCUACGAAGUCCCAUUCUUCCUGCAAUAUUUUUCAGCCUACGUUGAGGGAUGGGGCUUGUAUUCAGAAUACCUCGGGGAGGAAAUGGGCCUUUAUGAAGAUGAUUAUGAAUUAAUGGGGAGAUACAGCGCUGAAAUGUUGCGAGCCUGUCGCCUGGUGGUUGAUACCGGGAUACAUUACCUUGAUUGGACGAAGGAAAGGGCUAUGGAAUACAUGCAUAACUACACGGCGUUCGGACCGGGAUUCAUUGAAAUAGAAAUCAACCGUUAUAUAACAUGGCCUGGACAAGCGUGUGCAUACAAGAUGGGGGAAAUAAAAAUACGACAAUUAAGAAAGAAAUCCGAAAAAGAAUUAGGGUCACAUUUCGACAUUAAGAAGUUCCAUUCCGUGAUUUUGGAAAAUGGGCCGAUGUCAUUGAAAAUUCUUGAGACAGUGGUAGAUAACUGGAUUCGGGAGACACAAAUAUCAGCUAAUAGUGGUACAACGUCGCAGCGAAACUCCGGGGCACAACUACCAAUAAUUUUAGCCCUAUUCAGUCUACUAACUUACUGUAUAUGUACGGUGUAAUGAUAUUUAUUAUCACAGAAAAACACAUUAUUUUGUUUGUAAUAAAAAGUAUUCUAGUUUUAUGCAUUUAUAUCUGAUAAACAAUACAACAGUUUAUCACGGCGUUUUAUAGUUUAUAUAUAUACAUAUAAGAAAUGUGGCAUUGGAUAGAAUACAUGUUUUCAUUUUCUUCGGAACUCAGGUUUUCGUAGACACGUUCCUCCCAAACCGUCAUGUGCACCGAGAUGUAUACUUGCUAAGUGUUGUGUAUAUAUCGUCAAUCCCGCGGUGUAUAGUGGACCUGUGAUUUAUGUAUCUUGUUUAUUUAUAGCGAUUUAUAAGUAAGAUAAUACUAUUAGCCACAGGUGUACCUGUCGUUUAGUUAAUGUCAUGGUUAGCUGUGUGAUAGAAACGUCAAUUAUCAAUAAAACACUGGCAAUAAUGAUCACACACUGUUAAGGAAAUUAUCAAUCAGUAGCAUAAAUACUUGGUCACCAACCUUAUCAUUUUAUAUCUGUCCUCCGGCGUCAUCACUGCAAUUGAUAGCAUUGCAUUUAUUUUUCAUAAUUGAUUUCAUUUUUAAUUAUACGCUGAAUGGUUUUUGACAAAGGCGAGUAGAUGAACCGAACCAGGAAAGUAUCGUAAAAAAUACUAUUUGCUUUUCUUUAGAGAUGCUGUAUCAAUGCGAUUACUCAAAAAUUUAAGCGUUGCUACACAUCUAUUGAUAAUAUACAUUUACACAUUAAAGCAUUUUUAAAACCAAUAAUACAUGUAUUUUUGUAGCUUCGAUGCUAACACUUGUAUGUUUUAUGUUUAUAUGAUGGUUUAUUUAUGUACUUGAUGUGGCAUGAUAUGUUUUGACCUAUACGUGUAAUUUAUGAAUGUAGAACAAAUAUCCAUGUGCAGAAGUAAUAAAUAUCCACGAUUCAU